AUGACGGACGCGAACCAGCUCCCGUUCGAAGGCUUGGGGCGAAGGCUUGGAUCCAAGGCUUGGGGCGAAGGCUUGGGUCUCCUAGGGCGGCUCCCGUUCGAAGUCCUCGCGAACGGCGUCUUCGCGACGCUGGACGACACCGAGGUCGCGGUGUUCGCGCGGACGAGCGGCGGGUGUUUGAAUCUCGCGAAGCGCGCCCGGCGCAGGCUCAGGCUCAGGUACAUGAACAAGGAGAACUUCGUUCACUCCGUCGAGAGGCUGCGGUGGGCGAAAGAGUCCCUCGGGCUGGAGUGGGACGAGCACUUAACCAGCCUCGCCGCGGGAAGCGGAAAUCUCGAGGUCUUGCAGUGGGCAUGGGAGAACAGUUGUCCUAUCUGCGCGGGAGCUACAUCCAACGCCGCCGGGCAAGGCCGUCUCGAAGUCUUGAAGUGGCUACGGACAGCGAAGACGCACCCGGGGGCGCUCACGAAUACGAACGACGGGAAGUGUCCUUGGAGCGCUAGAUCCUGCGCCUUAUCUGCUGAGGGCGGGCACUUCGAGGUGUUGAAAUGGCUGCGUGCGAAUGGAUGUCCGUGGGACGCUUCGACGUGCAGCGGUUCGGCGAAAGCGGGCUCCCUAGACAUGUUGCAGUGGGCGCGGGAACACGGUUGCGAAUGGAGUGCGCGAACCGUAAACGACGCCAUCAGCGGAAAGAGUGUCGAAGUUUUAAAAUGGGCGGUGUUGAACGGCUGCCCUUGGGAUGACAGUUCGUGCCAGAUGAUUGCAGAGUUGUCGAGCGGUGGUAUCGAAAUGAUGACGUGGGCGCGCGAACACGGGUGUCCGUGGGGUAGAAUCGAUAUCUGGGGCGCAACCGAAAGAGCCGCUUGCCGCCGGGAUAUCGAAAUGUUGACGUGGCUUCGCGAGCGUGGGUGCCCGUGGAGUCGUGAUACUUUCGGAGGGGUUUCGUCGAAGUGGCAUCCGAAUCCGAAAGACAUAGUCAUCGUGGAUGGAACAACAAAAAUCGAGAUGUUUGAAUAUUUACGCGCAAACGGAUGCCCUUGGACUGCGAAUGCUGCCAAGCACGCUGCCGAAAUCGACGACUUUGAAGCUUUGAAGUGGUUCCACAACGCGGGGUAUCCUUUCUCUUUUUGGGCUUGCACGGCGGCAGCCGGGCGAGGUAAUCUUGAGGUGCUCAGAUGGUUACACGAGCACGGUAAACCGUGGAACUGGACGUGCUGCGCUUUCGCAGCAGGAUGCUCAUCAUUAGAAGUCUCCGAGGACGAACGCAUCGAGGUUCUGAAAUACGCACUCGACAACGGCGCAGUCUUUAACUACAGAGCAUGUUCUCACGCCGCGUAUCACGGGAACCUAGAGGUGUUGAAGUUCUUACGAUCGCGUGGGUGCGAUUGGAACGAGGAUACGUGUGCGUACGCCACACAUCAGUGUAACUUACACGUGUUGAAGUGGGCACGAGAACACGGAUGCCCGUGGGAUCACAGGAUUCUUCACUACGCCGUGGACAGUUUGAGAACCGAAAACAAACGGGAGUUGCUCGCGUGGGUACUGACGAACGGGUGCAUCCUGGCAAAUUUAGGAGAAAGCAGAAUCUACUACGAAGUGAUAGAAGAAGAUAGCGACUUUGGAUAUCUCGACAGCGAAGAGGAGUACGACAUUUCCAGCGACGAAGACAGCGAUGACGACAGCGAUGACGACAACUCGCUCGACUUUGAUCUAUUCGAUUAG